UUGAAUGCAGGACUUUUACUUGUAGUGGAGUCAUUUCACAGUGUGGUAUUAGUACUUUUACUGAAGUAAGGAAUCUGAAUACUUCUUCCACCACUGCACUUAGGUCUUUUAUUCCUUCAUGUCCUCAACUACUGGUAUUGAUGGGGAAUUUGUCUCCUGAUGGUUUUCAUGAUGCAGAUCAGCUGUUGGUGUGAUGAUGGCAGAACCAAACUCUGAAGACUGGAGUGACACCGUGUUCACAGGACACGCCAGUUGUUCCACUUUGACCACUAAGGAGCUUCAGCAGAACUGGCGGGAGGUGAAGAAGAGAGAUCGUCCUGUCAGGCUGCUGUUUGAGAUCCCAGCGACCCGAAUAAUAGAACACCUUCUGUCCAAAUACGUGGUGUACGAGGUCGUGGUGAUGCGCUCCGGCAGCUUCGAAUCCAACCGUGUGUCCGUGGAGCGCCGUUACAGUGACUUUUUCCACUUCCACCACAAACUUCUGGAGGAGUUCAACGAGGAGCUGGAGGAGGUGGUCCUCCCCCGAAAACACCUGAGCAGGAACUUCAGCCCUGAAGUCAUCUCGGAGCGUCGCCUCGCCCUGCAGGACUACCUCGCCAAACUUUACGCCAUCCGCUGCGUUCGACACUCUCCUCAUUUCGCUAAAUUCUUCACAGAGCAGGAGCAAAAGCAGGCGCACAGUUUGCUGCGGGCGGGGCAGUUCCAGCCCGCCAUGGACCAGCUGCUGACCGUCUUAGAGGUGCAGGAGAAGCUGUUGCCGUGGCAGAGACCCACCCUGAUCGUACCCACGCUCUCCGCCCUCGCCGUCUGCUACCGAGACCUGGAGAAACCAGAGCAGGCGUUUGCUGCGGCACAGAGAGCGCUGCCUCCGGUGAGACGAUACGGACUCAAACACUACAGAGCCUCGCUGCUGGACCUGAUGGUGGAUCUGGGUUAUCAGCUGGGACAUCCUGUGGCCCAGUUGCAGGAGGAGCUGAUAGGGCUGAAGGACGCCGAGAGGGGAUUGGUGUCCUCCCGCUCUCUGAAGGAGUUAGUGGUCCAGGAGUUCACCUAA